GGAAGGGAUGGCCCGUGGCGGCGCGAGGCAGCACCGCGGGACUGGUGCACCACGCGCUGGCUGCCGGGGGGCGAUGAGAACUCGCGAUCUCCUCCCCCGCCCCGCUGGCAGCUGCCGCCUCCCAGUCUCCCAGGGCUGCUGAGACUCAGGCACGGCGCCUGCCUGUCAAAGGGGCUCGCGCUGUCCCUGCGUUCUGCCGGGGCUCGGCCUCGGCUGCCUGGCCCAGGAGCCGGCCCGGGAGGCUGGGCGCAGCCCUUGCCGCGCGAAGGGGGCUGGCGCUGCCCGGGCGUUAGCCGCUGCUCCCUCUCCCGCUUGCUGUAUGCUCACCCUGCUCCAGUGAGAGCCGCGGCGGGGCGGCUUCUCUCCCCUCCCUCCUUCCCCGGCGACUGGAGGUGGGAGAGAGAGAAGAGACCCAGCGAGGAAGGAGCCGGGUGUGCGGAGCGGAGCCAUGCGAGAAUACAAAGUGGUGGUGCUGGGCUCGGGCGGCGUGGGCAAAUCCGCCCUCACCGUGCAGUUCGUGACCGGCUCCUUCAUCGAGAAGUAUGACCCCACCAUCGAGGAUUUCUACCGCAAGGAGAUCGAGGUGGAUUCCUCCCCCUCGGUGCUGGAGAUCCUGGACACCGCCGGCACUGAGCAGUUCGCCUCCAUGCGGGACCUCUACAUCAAGAACGGGCAAGGUUUCAUCCUGGUCUACAGCCUGGUCAACCAGCAGAGCUUCCAGGACAUCAAGCCCAUGCGGGAUCAGAUCAUCCGGGUGAAGAGGUACGAGAAGGUGCCCAUGAUCCUGGUGGGCAACAAGGUGGAUCUGGAGGGCGAGAGGGAGGUCUCGUAUGGGGAAGGCAAAGCUCUGGCCGAGGAGUGGAGCUGCCCCUUCAUGGAAACUUCAGCCAAAAACAAAGCUUCAGUGGACGAACUGUUUGCAGAGAUUGUCAGGCAGAUGAACUACGCUUCCCAGCCCAACGGGGACGAUCAGUGCUGCUCGUCCUGCGUGAUCCUCUGAAAGGGCUUGCGGGGUAAUGUUCUCAUUCGCAAAGGUUUACAACAAAAAGAAGCAGCAAUGUGAUCGUUCGAAACAAAGAUUGGAAACAACUUUGCAUACACAAGGAUUCCAGGCUGCAGCAGCAGCUGCUGCAGUGAUCAGUGUCAUGGGGUGGGUGUAUUGUUGGAACGUGGCUUUUUCAGCAUGUACAUUUCAUCGAUUUUGAUUGUUGCAUAUUUCCCGUAAGUACCAUUUACAGAUUGCUGUAUUGGCAACUGACACCAGUAAGAAAAGUUUCGGCCUGGAGAAAGGGGAGCUUGUGAGCAAUCGUUUUCUAACUGGAAGAGUGAAAUUUCACUUAAGGAAGGAACUGAGGGGAGCAGUAAACGAAGAAACCAUUGCAGAGAGGAGGAGAGAAAUCUUUCCGUGGACGUGUGGGGGUGAAACUUUAAGAUUGGUGCUCUCUCUUCUUUAGCCAACCUUGAAUGCACCCGGUGACUAUGAUAUUGAUUCCGAGGAUUUCUAUGCAAAGUUGGAUUAUAGUUACAGUGUAUCCAAUCUGAAGUAUUGCACAUCUGAACUAGGACUUUGAAUAACACUGAUGCCAAUACAGUGUGGGGUGCCAGAACGUGUCUGCUGAUCAUUUGUGAAACUUCCUAUUUUGUUUACCUGCUGUAUCGGAUGGGAGUUUGGGGGAGAGCGGUAGUAUUUUUUUUUUUAAAUCAGCUGUGAAAA